AAAAAAAAAAACUAAAGGAAGAGGUGAAGAUAGUAUAGAGUAUAUAGACUAAAGGAGGAGAAGAAACAGCGACUUCUUCUCUUCCCUCUCUCUUCCUUCGCACACUGCGUUUGUUUGUUUUCAGACAGAUAUAUGAGUCUCCCCAAAAGCCUCCAUUUUUAAUAUUAUUAUUGUGUGUGUGUGCAACUUCAAUUGCAUCUUUCUUUCUUUUUCCAUAAGGUGAUUUGCAAAAACACUUACUGCAAAGAGCAACAAAGAGAGAAGAAAAGAAAAGGAGAGAAAGAGAAAGAAAGAGAGACGACAGGAGACAGAGUGACAACACACAUAUAUAUACAGAGAGAGAGAGAGAGAGAGAAUUGAAGAAGAAGCUUUCAAUACCGCAGAAGGGAAAACGAUGUCUGAGAGCUUUACAUCCUUUCAUACUCUGCAACUCUAAUAAGAGAUUCGCUUAUGGUUCCGGCGCUGAUCCUCAACCGCUCAUCACUCAUCAACUCAAUUAUUGCAGAGUGGUAAUUUACAAGAGAGGGUGAAAUUAAAUUAAAGUGGGUUGCAGACCAAAGAAAAAAACCGAAGAUGAUGAGCAAUAAUAAUAAUAUUUCAUCAUGGGAAUAGCAACACCGCCACCAAUUCCUUCCAUUCUCUCUCACUCAAAGACUAAUAACUACCAGCAGCACCAUUCUUUCACCAUAAUCGAGAAGCCUGAAGAAGAAGAAGAAGAAGGAUUAAACGCUUCUAAUUCUAUGUCCCAAGAUUACCACCACCACAAUCAAGGAAUCUUCACCUUCUCCAAUAAUGGGUUCGAGAGAUCCACACAGGUAACAAACCAAGAACACCAUCACCAACAUCAACACCACUUGGCUCAGCAAAUUCGGAGGGACAAAGUGAGGGUGCAAGGCUUCGAUCCACAGCAACCGCCUCCGGCACAGCCACCAACAGCCAUAAUUGGAAUAGAAGAAUCCGGAGGCAUCCCGGGGUACGAAACUGCCGGGAUGCUAUCGGAGAUGUUCAAUUUCCCGCCGGUUGUAGAUGCUGCGGCCGGGGAAUUAUUGGAGCAGCCAAUGAUAGCGACGUUUCGUUCCCCAACGACGACGAGGUCAUUGGGUAGCGAUUGGUAUGGUGGAAACAGACAAGGGAUGAUAACCGGGUUGGGAGCGUUGGGAGAUAAUUCAAAGAAUAAUCAUAAUCAACAUGAUCAAAGUAAUUUGAACAACGGUGGUGUCAUAGUUCAUCAUCAACAUGAUAAUCAGAUUCCUAGCAUUAAUGCCGAUUCAGCUGCAGCCAUGCAACUUUUCCUCAUGAACCCACAAACCACAACCAGAUCACCUUCCCCUCCGUCCCAUCACACCACACCCACUCCUCCUUCGUCUUCUUCGACGCUUCACAUGCUUCUUCCUAAUCCUAAUCCCAAUACUUCCCUACAAGGCUUCCAUGGUGGUGGUGGUGGUACCUUCAACCAAAUCACAUGGGCCCCUGACAGUGCUCAAGAAGCUCAAGGCCUCUCUUUAUCCUUAUCCUCUUCGUUACAGCACCUGGAAGCCGCGAAAGCCGAGGAAUUGAGGAUGGGAGAAAGUGGUUUCCUCUUUUACAACCAAGGAGUUGGUGGUGGUCCUUCAUCUUCCUCUUCUUCUGCUCAGUAUCCUUACAAGAAUCUCCCUGGCCAUCACCAACAACACCAAGCAUUGCAUAUUCAAGGACCCAUUGGGUUUGGAUCAUCAUCUUCGUCUUUGGGUCUAGUCAACGUCCUCAGGAAUUCCAAGUAUGUCAAGGCCGCUCAGGAGUUGCUUGAAGAGUUCUGCAGCGUUGGGAGGGGUCAGUUCAAGAAAAACAAGUUCACUAGGCAGCUCUCAAACCCUAGCUCCAAUCAAGGUGGCGCCGCCGCCGCUUCUUCAUCUUCUUCAAAGGAACUGCCUCCUUUGUCAGCUUCUGAUAGGAUCGAGCAUCAAAGGCGGAAGGUCAAGCUUCUCACCAUGCUUGAUGAGGUGGACCGUAGGUACAGUCACUACUGCGAGCAAAUGCACAUGGUGGUGAACUCGUUCGACCUGGUGAUGGGGUACGGGGCGGCGGUACCGUACACGGCGCUGGCGCAGAAGGCGAUGUCGCGGCACUUCCGGUGCCUGAAGGAUGCAAUAACGACGCAGUUGAAACACAGCUGCGAGGUACUUGGAGAGAAGGAAGGGGUGGGGACGACGGGGCUGACGAAGGGGGAGACGCCGCGGCUGAAGAUGCUGGAGCAGAGCUUGAGGCAGCAGAGGGCGUUCCACCAAAUGGGGAUGAUAGAGCAGGAGGCUUGGAGACCCCAAAGAGGCUUGCCUGAACGAUCUGUCAACAUUUUGAGAGCCUGGCUCUUCGAGCAUUUUCUUCACCCGUACCCAAGCGAUGCAGAUAAGCAUCUCUUAGCAAGACAGACUGGGUUAUCAAGAAAUCAGGUGUCAAACUGGUUUAUUAAUGCCAGGGUUCGGUUGUGGAAACCCAUGGUUGAAGACAUGUACCAACAAGAACUCAAAGAAGCAGAGAGUACAAUAGCAGAAGAAGAAGACGACAAUGAAGGAGAAAGCAACAACAAUAGUGGCAAUCAUGUACAAACGCCACUACCACCAUCAUCAACAACUACAACACCACCACCACUUCAAUUAUCAUCGUCAACACCAACAAGUAAUAAUAACAACAAUGUUAAUAAAAGAUCAGAUAUUAUCAUCAAUGCUCAAGAUAGUAACCCUUCAUUAGCAGCAAUUAAUAGACAAGGCUUAGAAAUUCAAGCAAAGCAGCCUGCUACAAGUUCCACCGCCAUCACCACCGUCACCCCACCUGUAGUGUCACAGUGUUUUGACUCAGAGCACCUACUAAAUGAGGAUACGUGUGGCCAUGGAAGCAUAGUGAGUGCAGAAUAUGGAACCCCUUCUGGUGUUGCUGCAAUGACUGAGAUAGGGUCUUCUUCAAGUACUCUCAUCAGGUUUGGGACUACAGCUGCACCCGGCGACGUGUCACUCACGCUAGGGCUACGACACACUGGGAACAACUCCUUUCUCCAUUAGGAAUCGGUGGAAACUCAGGUACAGUCGACUUCACGUGAAGUUGAUAGCUGAGAGCUUUAGAUGAAAAUUUAGUCAAAUUAGUCAAAUCAUCUAACAGCUUUCAACUAUCAACUUCAGGUGAAGUGAAUUGCACCUGAGUUUUCACCUUAGAAAUUUUGGAGGCAUUUAAGAAAAAACAAAGGAAACUAAAAACUCAGCCUUAUAUUAUUAAAAUUAUACUUCACAUGAUGAUGAGUUGAUGAUAGUACACAUAGGAUAUGAGACUUUGUUAUAUAUUAUAUGAUAUUGUGAAAAGAAAACUAAAAAUCAUUUUUCCCA